AGCAUAUCACCCCACAAACCAGAUAUAAACAUAGCAAACCCUAAUUCCUAAUCUAUCCCAAAAAACUCUAUCUCCACCACCGGCGACUCACCACCGCCGUGAACCACCGCCGUACGACUGCUCGGAGCCGCUGCAACUUCAAUCAGAUCGCUCGUUAUUAACCACCAGGUUUGUGACAUUUGAUUAAUCCAAUGGGCAAGAAAAAAACAGACGAGGGUGGUGAAAAGAGUAAACAAAACACUAAAGAAGGAAAGAAAGAGAAGCAAUCGGUCUCAGCAAUGCUUGCAAGCAUGGACCAAAAACCGGAUAAAGCAAAAAAAGCAACCUCUUCAAGCUCUACAACACGCAAACCGAAACCGCCUCCAAAAGCACAAUCAUCUUAUGCAGACAUCGAUCUUCCACCUUCAGAUGAUGAAGAUGAUGACGUGGAAUCUCUUUCUGGAGACGAGAUUGAAAAAGGCGGAAUCAAAAAGCCGAGUAGAAAAGAGAGGGCUAGUGAUAAAAAUCUUGAAAUAGCCGUAACCGAUAAGGAGUUGAAAAAACGAGAGAAAAAAGAGAUGAUUAUCGCUCAAGCAGUGGAGCAGGCCAAACAAGAGGCUUUGAAAGACGAUCAUGAUGCGUUUACGGUUGUGAUCGGCAGUCGUGCUUCGGUUCUCGAUGGUCAGGACGACGCUGAUGCAAAUGUCAAGGAUAUAACAGUGGAUAAUUUCUCGGUUUCCGCACGUGGUAAAGAGUUGUUAAAGAAUGCAUCUGUUAAGAUCUCUCAUGGAAAGAGGUACGGUUUGGUGGGACCCAACGGGAAGGGAAAGUCAACACUGUUAAAGCUUCUUGCUUGGAGGAAGAUUCCGGUACCUAAAAACAUAGAUGUACUUUUGGUCGAACAAGAGAUAGUUGGUGAUGACAGAACUGCCCUUGAAGCUGUAGUUUCGGCAAACGAAGAGCUUGUUAAACUAAGACAAGAAGUCACUACGUUAUUAGAAACCCCCGAGGGUGAAAACGGAAACGAAACUGAAGAUGGUGGUGACACCGGAGAAAAACUUGCUGAAUUGUAUGAAAAGUUGCAGAUAAUGGGCUCAGAUGCAGCUGAAGCCCAAGCUUCAAAGAUUCUUGCCGGUUUGGGCUUUACGAAAGUCAUGCAAACCCGUGCUACCCGAUCGUUUAGCGGUGGGUGGAGGAUGCGAAUUUCAUUGGCCCGAGCCCUUUUUGUUCAACCGACACUGUUGUUAUUAGACGAACCCACAAAUCAUCUUGACCUCCGAGCUGUUCUUUGGUUAGAGGAAUACUUAUGCAGAUGGAAGAAAACUCUCGUAGUUGUCUCACACGAUCGAGAUUUUUUGAAUACCGUUUGCAACGAAAUCAUUCAUCUUCAUGAUUUGAAACUUCAUAUGUAUCGUGGAAACUUUGAUGAUUUUGAAAGUGGCUACGAGCAACGUCGCAAAGAAAUGAAUAAAAAGUUUGAAACUUACGACAAACAAGUGAAAGCUGCAAAACGGGCCAAUAACCAGAAGCAACAAGAGAAGGUCAAAGAAAAAGCGAAGUUUGCGGUCAAAGAAGCGAAGAAAAAGUCAAAGGGGAAAGUCGAUGAAGACGAAGAGAUUCCCGAGGCCCCACAGAAAUGGAGGGAUUAUACGGUGGAAUUUCAUUUUCCCGAGCCUACCGAGUUAACGCCACCGUUGUUACAACUUAUCGAAGUGAGUUUCAGUUACCCAGGAAGAGAGGAUUUCAGGUUGUCUGAUGUUGAUGUCGGGAUUGAUAUGGGUACACGUGUUGCUAUUGUGGGACCCAAUGGAGCUGGAAAGUCAACGUUAUUAAACCUUCUUGCUGGUGACUUGAACCCGACAGAGGGUGAAGUAAGAAGGAGCCAAAAGUUGCGAAUUGGGAGAUAUUCACAACAUUUUGUUGACCUUUUGACCAUGGGUGAAACACCGGUUCAGUAUCUUCUUCGUUUACAUCCAGAACAAGAGGGUUUCAGUAAACAAGAAGCGGUGCGGGCUAAACUUGGUAAAUUCGGGCUCCCGAGCCAUAAUCAUCUAACUCCGAUUGCUAAACUAUCCGGUGGACAAAAAGCCCGUGUUGUUUUCACUUCGAUUUCCAUGUCGAAACCGCAUAUAUUGCUGCUGGAUGAACCCACAAAUCAUUUGGAUAUGCAGAGUAUUGACGCGCUUGCUGAUGCACUUGAUGAAUUCACUGGAGGCGUUGUUCUUGUAAGUCAUGAUUCGCGAUUAAUAUCGCGAGUUUGUGACGAUGAAGAGAAAAGUCAAAUUUGGGUUGUGGAGAAUGGAACAGUGGAGGAGUUUGAUGGUACUUUCGACGACUAUAAGGAGGAGCUAUUGAAAGAAAUCAGAGCUGAGGUGGACGAGUGAGACGGAAACGCUGGAUGCUGCAUUUAGAUACGAAAGACGGAACCUUUGUUUUUCAACAACAUGCACUUAUGUGGAGAUUGUUGUUGCCAUGAAUUUUGAGGGUUGGAGUAAACACAGACAUGUUUUCAAAGUUGUGUAUUUGAGUGUCAAAAUCUAUUUUAAUAUUUUUAAAUUUAUAAAAUAAACCUAUCGCGUUGGGAUGUUUCGUUCUUACUGAUGUUGAACAUGUGGGAUACAAUACAGUUGUACUUGUUCUAUGCAUCAUUUGUGCUGUGUAUGUUCUAUAUGAUAUCCACAACUUUAAUUGCUUUCA